AUGGUUUCCCAUCGCAGGCCCAACCUCAUUUUCAAGCUGUCCGUCCCGUCGCCUUUCCGUCGCCCUCGCAAACACACGCGUGACGGCCCUCCCGUCGUCGACACGGUCUCCCCUCCUGGUCCGUUUUUCUCCCGUUCACCCCUCUUGUCCCCUCGCCCUCGCGAUUUCCCUCCGAUCUCGUCGCCUUCCCGUUCUCCCGCCCCUUGCCUUCGAUGUCCCCUCUUCCUUCCCGUCGCCCUCACUAUCUCCCUUCCCUCACGUUGCCUUCGAUGUCCCCCUUUUCCUUCCGUCGCCCUCGCGAUAUCCCUUCCCCCUCCCGUCACCUGUCCGCUCUCUCUCCCGUCGCCUGUCCGCUCCCCCCGCCCUCGCCUUCGUGCUCUCUCUCCCGUCGCCUUCGUGCUCUCCCUCCCGUCGGCUUCGCGCCCUCCCUCCCGUUGCCUGAACCCCCAUCCCUCCCUUCGCCUUCGCGCUCUCUCUCCCGUCGCCUGUCCGCUCCUCCUCCCCUCGCCUUCGUGCUCUCUCUCCCGUCGCCUUCGUGCUCUCCCUCCCGUCGGCUUCGCGCCCUCCCUCCCGUUGCCUGAACCCCCAUCCCUCCCUUCGCCUUCGCGCUCUCUCUCCCGUCGCCUGUCCGCUCCUCCUCCCCUCGCCUUCGUGCUCUCUCUCCCGUCGCCUUCGUGCUCUCCCUCCCGUCGGCUUCGCGCCCUCCCUCCCGUCUCCUUUGCGCUCUCCCUCCCGUUGCCUGUCCGCCCUCCCUCCCGUCUCCUUUGCGCUCUCCCUCCCGUUGCCUGUCCGCCCUCCCUCCCUUCGCCUUCGCGCUCUCUCUCCCGUCGCCUGUCCGCUCCCCCUCCCCUCGCCUUCGCGCUCUCCCUCCCGUCGGCGCCCUCCCUCCCGUCUCCUUCGCGCUCUCCCUCCCGUUGCCUGUCCGCCCUCCCUACCUUCGCCUUCGCGCUCUCUCUCCCGUCGCCUGUCCGCUCUCCCUCCCAUCGCCUUAUCGCUCUCCCUCCCGUCGCCUUUCUCCUUCCCCACUUCAUCUCCUAUCGCUCACGUCCUCCCCUCCCAUCGGCAUCGCGCUCACGUUCCGCCCUCCCGUCACCAUCGCGCUCACGUGCACCUGUCUUCGCGUCGCCUUCGCGCUCAUGGCCUCCCCUCCGAUCACGUCUCGCGACAUAA